AUGAGAUCUCCGAGUGAAUGUCGGGCUAGAAAUAAAAUUGCCGGGGUUAGAAUAGCACAUCCACCACCUGGAGAAGAAAUUGUUAUAUCUGGACUUUCUGGACGAUUUCCGGAUAGUGAUAACGUUUACGAUUUCAGAGAUAAAUUAUUUAAAAAAAUUGAUUUAGUUUCCGACGAUGACAGACGAUGGAAAUUAAAUCAUCCGGAAAUCCCUCAAAGAACUGGUAAAGUUAAUUUUGUAUCGAAAUUCGAUGCUUCAUUCUUCGGUUUACAUUAUAAACAAGCCCACACUAUGGAUCCGAUGGGUAGAUUGCUUAUGGAAAGAACAUAUGAAGCUAUCGUAGAUGCAGGUAUCAAUCCGGAAGAAUUGAGAGGAAAACGAUGUGGAGUUUUUGUCGGUACUUGUUUUAGCGAAUCGGAAAAAACCUGGUUUUACGAAAAGUUAAAUGUUAACGGUUUUGGUAUAACAGGAUGUUCGAGAACCAUGUUGGCCAACAGGAUUUCUUAUUGGUUGGGAGUUAACGGACCGAGUUAUACCGUUGAUUCAGCCUGUUCUUCUUCAUCCUAUGCCAUAGAUCAGGCCUAUCAAAAUAUCAGACAGGGUAAUUGCGACAUGGCCAUAGUCGGGAGUAGUAAUUUGUGUUUACAUCCGUACGUAUCACUUCAGUUUUUUCGUCUUGGAGUACUGUCCAAAGAUGGCGCAUGUAAAUCAUUUGACGAAUGCGCGAACGGAUACUGCAGAUCCGAAGCCGUUCCGGUUGUAAUUUUACAAAAAGCAAAAGACGCACGAAGAAUUUAUUCCACCAUAGUCCAUUGCAAAACUAAUUGCGACGGUUACAAAGAAGAAGGUAUCACCUACCCGAGCGGUCAAAUACAAUAUGAAUUAUUACGUGAAUUUUACGAAGAAUGCGGCGUGAAUCCCACGACGGUCAAUUUCAUUGAAGCUCACGGAACCGGAACUAAAGUUGGCGAUCCUGAAGAAUGUAAUACGUUGGAUAAAAUAUUUUGCACCGGAAGAAAAGAUCCUCUUUUGAUAGGAUCCAUAAAAUCAAAUAUCGGACACACCGAACCUGCGUCAGGAUUGUGUUCCAUUACUAAAUCCAUAAUAGCCAUGGAAUCAGGUUUCAUACCACCCAACAUACAUUUUAAAAAAGCUAGAGAAGGGAUACCUGCUUUUACCGAGGGCAGAUUAAAAGUGGUCACCGAAAAAGAACCUUGUACCGGAGGUCUCUUCGGCGUGAAUUCAUUCGGUUUCGGUGGUGCCAACUGUCACAUUUUAUUAAAAUGGAACGAAAAAGAAAAAGUUAAUGGAGGAUUACCAACUGAUAAAUUACCGAGAUUAGUUUUAAUAUCUGGUCGUACGGAAGAAGCCGUUGAAGUUUUAUUAAACGAAUUAGAAUCACAUCCUAUUGAUGUCGAGUACGUAAAAUUACUACACGAUGUUCACUCGGAAAAUAUUCCCGGUCAUUUAUAUCGAGGUUUUACUAUUCUUUCGGAAUCUAAAAAGAAAAUUAGAGACGUUAAGCACUUUUUCGGUGAAAAGAAACAACUUUUAUUCGUAUUUUCCGGAUUGGAAAUGAAAAAUUUAAAGUUUGGAAAAACUCUUAUGGAAAUCCCCGCUUUUGCUAAAGCCGUGGAAAAAUGUCACGAUGCACUUGUGCCAAUGAAAAUCAAUCUUAAAAAAUUCAUCCUGGAAAAUAACGUAAAAAAUGUUGGGGAUUUAAUACAUAACAUGGUUGCAACAACUGCCAUACAAGUAGGACUCGUGGAUCUUUUAUCAUCAAUAGGGAUUUAUCCCGAUGGUUUACUAGGACAUUCAUUCGGUGAAUUCCUUUGUGGUUAUGCCGAUGGUUGUUUUACCGCAGAACAAACAGUCCUGUGUGCUUAUUACACCGGUUUGUCUUUGAUCGAAAGUAACAUCAUUCGUGGAGCCAUGGUCGAAGUCGAAAUGGAGUAUUCAAAAUUGAGAUUAUAUUUACCAUCUGAAAUUGAUGUCGCUUCUCGUGACGCUUCCGAUUCUUGCGUACUCUCGGGUCCUGCGGACGACAUAAGAAAAUUCUCGAAAAAAUUAAUCAACGAUGGAGUUUCAGUAACGGAAAUAUUUUCUUUUAAUUUACCACUGCAUAGUCGUUACACCGCGAAAGCUGCACCCAAACUCCUCGAAUAUUUAAAAAAAGUAAUUCCAAAUAGCAAACCCAGAUCGAGCAAGUGGAUCAGUUCUUUGACGACUUCCGGUUUAAUGAGUUUUUCAGAAAUCAAAUUGUGUUCACCUAAAUAUUUCACCGCGGAACUUUUAAAUCCGAUUCGUUUCGACAAUUCCCUGAUGCAAAUUCCAAAAAAAGCCGUCGUACUCGAAAUAUCCCCAUUUGCGACGUUACAAAAAAAUUUAAAUAAUUUAAAAAAUCCCGUUUUAAGUUUUCCUUCGGUGGAUGAAAAAUACACGAGCGAAUUUAACGCAGCGUUUGGUGCCAUCGGAGAGUUAUACGAAUUAGGUUUCCAACCGCAAGUCACGAACCUGUAUCCACCAGUUCAAUAUCCUGUUUCUAAAGGAACUAAAAUGAUUUCACCGUUCGUGAAGUGGAACCACUCUUUGGAUUGGUAUAUUACGUCAUACAGAAUGCAAGAAAAGAUUAAAAGCGGCGAAAGAUCUGUUACGGUUAACAUAAAAGAUGAAGAUUUUGAAUUUAUAACCGGACACAUGAUCGAUGGUAGAAAUUUAUUUCCGGCCACCGGAUAUUUGACUUUAGUUUGGGAAACUUUCAGUAUGAUAUUAGGUCAAUUUUACACUCAGCUUCCCAUAGUUUUCGAAAAUGUUAAAUUUAACAGAGCUACCACGGUGCCAAAAGAUGGUUCCGUCGAAUUUGUUAUAUCCGUGCAAAAAGCAUCCGGUAAGUUUGAAAUUUCAGAAGGUGGGGCGCCCAUCGUCACGGGUCGAGCUUUUAUGCCUGAAAACGUCGAUGAAGAAACAAUGAAUUUACCCGAACAAAGUCCGGCAGAAGGUGAGGGUUUGAUACCUUUGAACGGUCGAGAUGUUUACAAAGAAUUAAGACUUCGUGGUUAUCAUUACAAGGGAUUGUUUAGAGGUUUAGUUUCGUUAGAUAAUUUAGGAAAAACAGGGAAAAUUAUUUGGUCGAAUAACUACGUCGCAUUCAUGGAUAAUUUAUUACAAACUCAAAUUUUACAAGAGGAUACGAGAAGUUUGUACGUACCGACAACGAUUAAAAAAUUGGUUAUUAAUCCGUUAAAACACAUGCAAUGCGUACAAAAGGCAACAGUGGAAGAAAAUAAGGACGUUAUAUUGAACGUAUCAAUUUACAAAGAUAUAAAAACAAUCAUUUCCGGCGGAAUUGAAAUUUACGAAUUAAGAGCCACGCAAAUCCCACGGAAAAAACCAUUGGGCGAACCUGUUUUGGAAAGGCAUAGAUUUAUGCCACACGUAACGCGAAACGAAUCCGAGGCUCUGAGCCUUUUGGAAGCUCUUAGACUUUGCAUUCACGUUAUUUUAGAAAAUGUUCAAAGCAUUAAAGUUAAAGUCGUGGAAUUGGGUGAUGCCGAAGAUCUUGCUUGCAAUAUGGUGGCUUCCAUUUUGGGUGAUUUACCCUUAGUUCAGGCAGAGAUAAUCGUAUUGACGUCGAACAAUCAGAAAACGGGUGACAUUUCUCCCGGAAUAACGGUCGAAGAUAAAAAAAUUACAGCAGAACAAAAUUGUUUGGCAGUCAUCGGUAGGAAUUUAUUACAAGAUUCCGCGCAAGUCGAACAAACUUUGAAAUCUUUAAAACCCGAGGGUUAUUUAAUUGUACGUGAAAAUUUAAAUGAUUCGUUACCGUUGGAUGAUUUUCACGUACUCGUGAAUAGAGUCGUCGGAAAUGAAGUUAUACUAUUAUUAAAAAGCAAGUCGAGUGUUGAAAAAGUACCAACGAACGAAGCAAUCGAAGUUUUCAAAAUAUCAGAAAAGGAUGAAUUUCAAUGGAUAGAACCAUUGAAAAAGAGUUUAACCAACGAAUCCGUAAAAACAAUAUUUUUAGUUUCGGAAAAAGAAGAAAACAACGGUUUAUUAGGUUUUGUUAAUUGCAUAAGAAAAGAGCCGGGGGGCGGUGAAAAAGUCAGGGGAGUUUUCGUUUUCGAUAAAGACGCUCCGAGUUUCGAUCUGACAAAUCCGUUAUACGCCGAACAAUUGGAAAAAGGUUUAGCCGUUAACAUUUACAAAAAUAAAAAAUGGGGUACCUACAGGCACGAAGCUCUUCCCUCCAAUCAAACCGUCGGUGCCGAACAUAUUUAUUUCAAUACCGAAAUAAGAGGAGAUUUAUCCUCUUUGACCAUGUACGAGGGUCCUUUGAACGUUAAUAAAUACGAUGACGAAGAAGUCAUUAUAUAUUACGCGGCCAUCAAUUUUAGAGAUGUCAUGUUAGCGAGUGGAAAAUUAGCCAUAGAUGCCGCUGCCAAGGGUAGAAUUAAUCAGCAAUUACCCAUCGGAUUAGAAUUUUCCGGAAGAAUGGCGAAAAGUGGUAAGCGUGUGAUGGGAAUGACGAAACACGGAGCUCUCGCAUCAAAAAUACACACGAAAGAUGUUUUACUUUGGGAAGUCCCUAAAAGUUGGUCACUCGAACAAGCGGCUUCCGUGCCCAUCGUUUACGCUACGGUGUACACGUCUUUGGUGGUCAGAGGUCGUUUGCAAAAAGGUGACUCCGUACUCAUACAUUCAGGUACGGGAGGUGUGGGAUUGGCUGCUUUAUACGUUGCUACCUAUUUCGAAUGUAAUAUAUUCACUACGGUGGGCACUCAGGAAAAAAGAGACUAUUUGAGAAAUUUGUACCCGGGGAUACCCGAGAGCCAUAUUGGUAAUUCGAGAGACACGAGUUUCGAAGACAUGAUUAACAGGGAAACGAAUGGAAGAGGUGUCGACGUCAUAUUGAAUUCUCUGUCCGAAGAAAAAUUACAAGCGUCCAUGAGAUGUUUGGCAAAAGGUGGAAGAUUUUUAGAAAUUGGUAAAUUUGAUUUAUCCAACGACAAUCCAAUAGAAAUGGAAAUAUUUUUAAAGGACACAAGUUUUCACGGCGUGCAUUUGGACGGUCUUCUUUAUUCUAAAAAUCAAAAUAAGCGAUUGGAAGUUCGUGACCUUCUUGGAGAUGUUUUAAAAAAAGCAAGAAUUGCACCUUUGAAAACGACCGUUUACGAUUUUACAGAAUGCGAACAAGCUUUCAGGUAUUUAACUACUGGUAAACAUAUCGGAAAGGUGAUGCUUAAAAUGAGAGAUGAAGAACCUGUGGAUGUGAUGGUACCUGAACCUAAACUUUUCGACGCCGUGCCGCAAGUUUGUUGUUCCCACACGAAAUCUUACGUAAUCUUAGGAGGACUCGGUGGAUUCGGAUUGGAAUUGGCGGAUUGGUUGGUUAUGCGAGGAGCAAGAAAACUCGUGCUUACGUCCAGGUCAGGUUUAAAAACCGGAUAUCAAGCCCUGAGAAUUCGUUUAUUCAAAACGUACGGAGUGGAAGUCAUUAUUUCGACGGAAGAUGUCACCACCGAACAAGGAGUGACGAAUUUAUUAAAAUCCGCCGAAAAAUUAGGACCCGUUGACGCCAUAUUUAAUCUAGCCGUGGUUUUGCGAGACGCCAUAUUUGAAAAUCAAACGGAUGAAGCUUUUAAUGUUUCUUUCGGUCCCAAAGCCGUAGCUACGAAACACUUGGACAAAGUCAGUCGACAACUUUGCCCCGCUCUACAGUAUUUUGUCAUAUUUUCAAGCGUUUCCUGCGGAAGAGGUAAUGCCGGACAAACCAAUUACGGAAUGGCAAAUUCGGUGAUGGAAAGAAUAUGCGAAAAAAGAGUAGAAGAAGGAUAUCCGGGUUUGGCCAUACAAUGGGGUGCCAUAGGAGAAGUCGGAUUGGUUGCCGAAAUGCAAGAAGACCAUCAGGAAUUGGUUAUAGGAGGAACUCUUCAACAAUCCAUAGCAUCUUGUUUAAAAUGUUUAGACGUAUUUUUAAAACAAAAACAUCCUGUGGUGGCAUCGAUGGUGGUGGCAGAAAAAAAAGCAGGAGGAUCAGGAGGUGGAAAUAUCGUCGAUGCCGUCGUCAAUAUUUUAGGUCUUCAAGAUUUGAAAACUGUUUCGUUACAUUCGUCGUUAGCCGAAUUAGGUAUGGAUUCGAUGAUGGCGGUAGAAAUAAAACAAACGCUUGAGAGAGAAUUCGACGUGUAUUUGACGGCUCAAGAUAUCAGAGGUUUAACUUUUGCCAAACUCAAACAACUCGCCGACAACAGCGCCGAGGGUGGUGAAAAAGGAGAAAUGAUACCGAUUCAAGAAACCGAAGUGAAAAGGUUGGAACAUCAAAGGUUAUUAUUCCGAUUGAUAGCGGAUGAAGAAACGGCGACAAAAUCAAUGAUGAAAUUAAAAACGGGACAAAUGAACGAGGGGUUGGAAGAAAAAUUGAAAUCGUUACACGGAAAAGUUCCCCCGAUAUUUUUCAUACCUGGUUUCGAAGGAGUCGCUUCCGUACUAGAACCUUUAGCCCUGAAAGUCAAUUGUCCGAUCGUAGCCCUACAAUUUCCCUACAACGAUUCCAUAAAUGCCAACAUAACCGAUAUCAGUAAAAGAAUGUUGAAGGAUGUGAGAGCUCACAUGGUUCCGUCAUUUCCAUUUUUCAUCGUCGGCUACAGUACGGGCUCGCUGACGGCACUCGAAAUAGCUCGGGAAUUGGAAAAAGAGGGUUACAAAGGAGUCGUCGUUUUACUCGACGGCGCUCCGGAUUAUUUGAAAAAAAUCGUAUCGACCGUUUUCGGUGAUUUGGAAGAUUUGAAUUCGCUCGAUUCGAAUUUGCUUCACGCCAUUUACAAUUUAUUCGUACCCGGCACGAAUAUCAAAAUAAGAGACGAACUAAACACAUUGAAAACGUGGGAAGACAAAUUGGCCUACAUGGAAAAAGUUAUACCCGAACAAGUUUUGGAUCGAAAAGAACAUCAGAAACGGAUAACAAACGAUUUUCGUCAUCGUUUAACGGCCGUAAUUAAAUACGAUGCGUCGAAAUGUGAAAAAUUAUCAUCUAAAAUUAUUUUGAUAAGACCCGUCGAACAAUUUUUACCCGCCAUUUUACCAGAAGAUUAUAAUUUAUCCCUCUUAUUUAAAAAUCCAGCGGAUGUUUAUUUUGCCGAGGGUAAUCAUUUAUCAAUGUUAGAUGCUUCAAAAGUAGGAAACGUUAUUAACGAAACGUAUAAUAAUUUAACAUUAAACGUUUUCCCGAAAAUGAUUCAAGAAUUGGACGUUUCACUCGAAAGAAUCGAACCUGUGAAAACGCGUUGA